AUGGGUGGAGGUAACAAGAAAAGGUUCAACAAACCAAAGAAUCGUGGAAGGCCACCAAACUCUUCCUUAAGUCGAGAUGAUAGCUUUGUCAUCGGCGGCUUCUUAUCAGAUUGGUCUGUUGUCGAUUCUCCUCCUUCCAGAGGAAGGAAUGCUAAUAAUGGAAAAGGAAAUGGGAAUGAAAAUGGAAAUUCUAGGUCUGCAUCGAGAUGUGGGAAUUCAAAAGGUUCUGGAUCCAAAACCGAAGCGCAGAAAACUAGGGGAAAUACUAUUGGUUACGUGUACCCACACCUAGUUGUUGAUUUUCAGAAGAAGUUGAUCUAUGAGCUAUGUUUGAGGUUGGGAAAAGCUUUCUUGAUUGUUGGGACUGAUUGA